CGCCUGUGUUUAUUUCAGGAAAUUGAUCAGACGCUCUGUGAACAAGCUGUCAUCCCGAAACCGAAGCUAUCAUGGACGCUGUGCGACUGUGAACUAACCGGGAGGCAAGAUGGUAUUUGAGUCUCUGGUGGUGGACGUCCUCAACAGGUUUCUUGGCGACUAUGUGGUCAACCUGGACUGUUCGCAACUCAGCCUCGGGAUAUGGGGAGGUGAUGCUAUCCUGAAAAACUUAGAAAUAAAGGAAAAUGCCCUCAGUCAGUUGGACAUUCCUUUUAAGGUGCGGGCAGGACACAUAGGGCGCCUGGAGCUGAAGAUUCCAUGGAAGAAUCUGUACACCCAGUCUGUGGAGGCCACCCUAGAUGGAGUCUACCUGCUCAUCGUUCCCACCGCCAGUAUUAAGUACGAUGCUGAGAAAGAGGAGCGGCAGCUACAGGAAGCUCGUCAGAGGGAGCUCCAACGCAUUGAAGAGACCAAACAAAGAGCAGCUGAACAAGAGAACCCACAACUUGAGAAGCAGGACACUUUUGUGGAGAAACUAGUCACACAGGUGAUCAAGAACCUACAGGUGACGAUUUCCAACAUCCACAUCCGUUAUGAGGAUGAUAUAACCAACCCCUCCUCCCCCAUCUCAUUUGGAGUAUCUCUACAGAACCUCAGUCUGCAGACCGCAGAUGCAAACUGGACCCCGUGUCUGCUGGAUGAUAAGGCCAAACUGUUCUUCAAGCUGGUGCGGUUAGACAACCUGUUUGCCUAUUGGAACACCAACUCUGAGCUCUACUCCAAUCAUACUCCAGAUGAGGCGCUGAGAUGUCUGAAACAGAAUGUUGCCGUGGAGGGGUACAUCCCUCAGGAUUAUCAGUAUGUAUUCCGACCGAUCUCGGCUAGAGCCAAACUGUGUAUGAACCCGCGGACCGAUGUGGAUUUAUCCGCCCCAAAAGUUGACCUCAUUGUCAGUCUUCCAGAUGUGUCUGUGGAGCUCAGCAGGCCACAGUAUGUCAGCAUCCUGGAGCUGCUGGGCUCAGUGGACAUGAUGUCACGCAAUUUGCCCUACAGGAAGUACCGUCCAGACCUGCCCCUAAACAAUAACGCCUUCCUAUGGUGGCGCUACGUCAUCACCGGAAUCCUAGAGGUCAACGUGAGACCUCGUCUCCAGAUGUGGUCAUGGCAACACAUCCGUCGCCACAGGGAAAAGGUCAAACGCUACCGAGAGCUCUACAAACACAAGAUCACCAACAAGAAGCCCAAUGAGGCGAUGCUUAAAGAGCUGGAGGAGACGGAGAAGACUUUGGACAUCUUCAAUAUAACACUGGCCCGCCAGCAGGCAGAGAUGGAGGCGAUGCGAGCGGGGCUGCCUGUGAUUCGUCCAGGCCAGAAGGCCGAGGUGGAAGAGUCCGAGGGAUGGAUCAGCUGGAUGUGGAACUGGGGCUCGGAGACCGCGCCAGAAAACGAAGAGGUCAAGACCGGAGGGUUUGACAAUCUAAUGACACCAGAGGAGAAAGCCAAACUCUACAAGGCCAUUGGUUACAGCGAGAUAGCUGUCAAUCACAACCUGCCCAAAGAUUUUGAGGACAUGAAGGUGAGCUUUCAGCUGGUCAGCAUGAGUGUGAGCCUGAAGGAGAGCUCAGACAAGCCAGAGAUCCUGAAGUUGGCCGUGAUGGACCUGAGUGCCAUGCUGAUCCAGAGAUCAGGAGCUCAGGCCCUCAAGGUGUCUGCCAAGCUGACAUCGUUCGAAGUGACUGGACUUCCCCGGGACCAUGUGGCUCCUAUCUUGCUGUCGUCACGACGUGUUGCCGUGGAUACUGAGAACCCGCUCCUAACGUUGAUGUUCGAGACAAACCCACUGGACGGAUCGGCUGACCAGAAACUGCAUGCUGACGCCCAGCCACUGGAGAUCAUAUAUGAUGCUAUGACGGUGAACAACCUGUCGGUAUUCUUCCUGCCCCCUGAUGACCUACAGCUGGACGAGCUGACCAAUGCAACACUCAUGAAGCUGGAGCAGUUCAAAGACCGCACCGCUACAGGUCUGGUGUACGUGAUCGACACUCAGAAGGUGCUGGACCUGAAGGUGAACCUCAUGGCCUCGUACGUCAUCGUGCCUCAGGGGGGCUUCUACAGCGGCCAGCAGAACCUCAUACUGCUGGACCUGGGACGCCUGAAGAUGUGUAGUAAGACUCGGGAGGGCCUGCCUCAGCUCUCUGUAGGCAGCAGUACCCUAGAGGAGAUCAGGUCCAGAGCCUACGACACCUUCGACAUCCAGCUCAGCAACCUGCAGCUCCUCUACAGCAAAGCAGACGGGGACUGGCGGGCUGCUCGUAAACUGAAGCGCUCUCCGCUGCACGUGCUUGAGCCGGUGGACCUGAAGGUGGAGCUCAGUAGAGCCAUGGUGGUGACCGACUCUAGCAUGCCCAAGUUUAAGAUGUCUGGAGAGCUUCCUCUCCUCUCCGUGCGCAUCUCUGAUGAUAAGGUGAGGGGUGUGCUGGCCCUCCUCGAGAGCAUUCCGACCCCAGAGAGCCGCCCCACGCCCUCGCCCAAAGCCAGCAUCAUCCACGUCACGCCCAAGCCGUCCAAAAACAUGACCACCCCUCAGCUCAACCCUAGGAAGCCCACCCUCGCUGAGAUGCGGUCUUCAAUGUUCUACGAUGCCAUCUCGUUAACCUCUAUGAGCUCAGAGGAGGAGCUUUUCUUUGAUGCUCCCAGCUCUCCGGUCGGCGAUAGGCCCCCAUUCUUCAGCGACGACCCGCCCACCGCACAGUCCAGCGCUGCAUCACUAAGGAAACGCACCAUGGCAACCCCGGAACCUCAGAAGAACAUGACCGACCUCCUCGUGUCCUUCAUGAUAAAUAAGCUGUCCAUCCAGCUGUGCCGUGUGAGUGAGGGCGAGGAGGUGACGGUGCUUCACCUGAGCAUCGAGGGCUUGGGGGCGGAGCUGAAGAAGUGCACCUUUGACAUCCGGGCCGAGACCUUCCUCAGGGAAAUCUGUUUGGCUUGUCCUGAGUACACAGAUGCUGAAGACAAACCUGUGCACCUCAUAACAACGUUAGACAACACGGAGGAUGACCUGCUCAUGUUGGAGUACACAAAGGCAGAUAAAAACAGUCCGGAGUUUAAGACUGUGUAUAACAACACUGAACAGCUUGUAAAGGUGAACUUCACCUCUCUGGACGUGCACCUGUACACGGAGGCGCUGCUCAACACCAUGAACUUCCUGACCAGCCUGCUGCCCCACCCACCGCAGGAGCCAGCCCCCGCCAUCACUGAAGGGGGGCAGGGAGAGGGGGAGGAGGAGGAGGAAGACAAGGAGGAGGAGAAGAAGGAAGGGUCCGCUGUGGUCAAAGCAGUGUCCAAGAGCAGUAAGGCAGAGGAUGGGGAGGUGGUGAACAUGCACAUCAGAGCGGAUCUCUCCUGCCUGAAGGUCUUCAUCCGUGGGCAGAAGGCUCGUAUCGCAGAGAUCAGCAUAGAAGGGCUGGUGUCUGAGGUUCUAAUUAAGAAGAAGGCUAUGGAGAUUCAGGCCAACCUGAAGAACAUUAUCAUCCUCGACUGCGACAAGGAAGCCCUCUAUAAGAAGGCCGUGUCCAUAGCAGAUAAGGAGGUGUUUGCCUUCCGGAUGGUGAACUACACCGACGCCACGCAGGGCGAGGCCUACCAGGACAUGCGCUGUGUGGACACGGACAUCAGCCUCACGGUGGGAUGCAUCCAACUCAUCUUCCUCAACAAGUUCUUCUGCUCCAUCCUGACGUUUGUGGAUAACUUCCAGACGGCGAAGGCGGCGCUGGCGGAGGUGACGGCGCAGGCGGCGGAGAAGGCGGCGGUGGGCGUGCGUGAGCUGGCGGAGCGGAGCUCGCGGAUCUCCCUGGAGGUGCACAUCAACGCGCCCGUCCUCUUCCUCCCUCAGUCCUCCAGCUCGACCAACGUCAUCGCCGCCGACCUCGGGCGCAUCGUGGUCAGCAACGACUUCGCCGUGGAGGCCGCGGACUCGCCCCUGCGCACGGCCAUCCCACCCAUCACCGACAACAUGAAGGUCGAGCUCAGUCACCUGAAGAUGUACAGGACUACGUUUGCGGAUGGAAAGUUCCAGACUGAGGUGGAGCUGUUGAAGCCAGUGAAUCUGAACCUGUCAAUCAAGAGGAACCUCUCCGCUGCCUGGUACCACAGCAUCCCAGACAUCCAGAUUGAUGCUCACCUCAAACCCAUGAGCCUGGUGUUGAGUCAAGAGGACAUGGCAGUGGUGCUGCGGACUCUCAGUGAGAAUCUCUCCGAAACGGGCGACUCAACCCCAUCAGCUGCCCCUCCAGACAAGGAAGACACUACCUCAAAUAAAGAAAACACUGUGGUGACCUCCGCUGUGGUGGAGGUUCAGCAGAGUGCCAAGCUGGAGACCAGACUCAAACUGGACUUCAAGUUCGACUCCCUGACACUGGUGCUGUACAGCCCUGCUGAGUCUCCACAGCAGGAUGCGCGUGAGCCACAGCUGAUGCUGGCUGAGUUUACUCUGGGCUCCAUCCACACCCAGCUGCUGCUGAUGUCAGACGGAGGCAUGAACGCCAACGUCUGUCUCUCAGAGUGCCUGCUGGACGACAAGAGGGGCCACAUCAAGAGUGUCACCUCUAGGAUGCUGGCCAUGCGUCCGGGCGCUGAGAAGAGUGUGAUGCUGGAGCUGAGCUACCGCGCCGGCCAGGAGGGCUCCAGCCUGCAGGUGGCGCUGCAGGACCUGUACCUGUGCGCCAGCAUGGAGUUCCUGCAGACCGUGGCCAACGUCUUCCUGGAGGCCUUAGCCAGCGGCAAGACCACAGCGGCACGCAGCGGCCGCCCGUCCAACACCAGUGCCAGUGCCAGUGCCAGUGCCAGUGCCAGUGCCAGUGCCAGUGCCAGUGCCAGUGCCACCACCACCACCACCAAAGACACCGUCCCCUCUCAGCCGUCUGCAGUGCUCCGCAACACCUACAGUGUCUUGGUUAAGAACCCCGAGGUCGUGUUUGUGGCCGACCUCACCCGUCCCGAUGCCCCGGCCCUCGUCAUGACGACGCAGGUGGAGGCGGAGUACCACGACGGGCCCGACGGCCAGCGUCUGACCGCCGGCAUCCGCGACCUGAAGGUCACCGCCUGCCCGUUUCUACGGCAACAGCGCAAGCCCAACCACGUGACCACCGUCCUGCAGCCCUGCCAGCUGUUCUUCAGCCUCCACACCCCCGCCCUCGAGCCCCAGCGCAUGGAGCUCAGCGUCAGCGCACUCACGCUCAAGGUCUCUCCCAUCAUCAUCAACACGGUGAUCACCAUCCAGUCGGCGCUGACGCCCGCGGCCGAGAGCGCGGAGGAGACGGAGAGCCCCGUGCCCCCUGACCUGUGGGAGCGGCGCGACCUCCCCCAGCUCAAGCUCUGGUUCCUGGAGGAGGAGGGCGAGGAGGACGCCCGCUCCCUGGCACCCCUGGUGCCCCAGAACGACACGCUCAAGGUGGACAUCGAUGCCAUCUGCCUGACCCUGGAGGCUGGCGUGGGGCACAGGACGGUGCCCAUGCUGCUCGCCAAGGCGUCGUUCCACGGGGACGCCAAGAACCUGAGCACACUCAUCAAUCUACACAGUACCCUCAACCUGGAGGUGCAUUACUACAAUGAGGUUAUGGGUGUUUGGGAGCCGCUGCUGGAGCCUCUGGAAGAUGAAACCACAGAUGGAUUCAGACCCUGGAGCCUUGAGCUGAAGAUGAAGAAGAAGGCCAUGAAGUAUUCUGGGCUGGCGGAUGAAGUGGACUUCUCUGUGCCCGACUAUAAAACGGUCAUCAGCAUCAGCAGUAAAGACCAGCUCAACAUCAUGCUGUCCAAAUGUGGCCUCAGCAUGCUCGGCAACCUGGGAGCGGCCUUUGCUGAGGCAGCCACCCAGACGGCUGAGAGCUUCCAGCGGGAUCAGGCUCCGCUGGUGCUGAAGAAUCGCCUGGGUGUGGGCCUGUCCGUGUUGCUCAGCGACAUGUUUGUCCCUCUGGUGCCCGAGACCCACGGCGACUCCGUGUCUCUGGACCGCUCCAAGUCCACGGACCGGCGCGUGGAGCUGCCGGACGGACAGAACCUCUACAUGGACUACACCUCGGACCAGUUCUCAGCUAUGACCAACCUCAAUGCCAAGAACUACUACAUCCAGCCCACUCCGGAGGGCCACUCGGAAGCGUGCAUCAUCCCGCUCGUCAAGAUCGGCCGAAGCAUGUACAGCGUGCUGCACAAAGACUCGCACGUCACGCGCUUCUUCGUCUGUCAGAUCUACUCCGUGGAGGGCAGCAAGUACGCCAAGAUCCGCUCGCCCUUCCAGAUCAUAAACCACUGCACGGUGCCGUUCCGUGUGUUUGAGUACAACACCUGCCUGGGCACCUCCCUUCCCACCGAGGAGUUCUGCGUUCCGCUGGGCUCCUACAGGUCCCAGUUAAACCUCCAGCCCGUGACGGGUGAGGAGGGAGCUGCGGCACAUUAUGGGAUGUCUGAAGGCUUCAGCUAUGACACCGUCACUAAGCAACCGGGCGAGUGUGUGGAGCAGACGUGUAGACACCUUCAGGACAACGAGUGUGUGUUCAAGGUGAACAUGGUUGCCGUGAGAGACGCUGUGACCUCACACAGCACAGAGGAGAACUUUGACCCCCCCUACGUGCUGCACCUGUGGCCCAGCGUCCAGCUGAGGAAUCUGCUGCCUUACCCCGUCUCAUACUGCCUGCAGGGCAACGCCGUCUCCAUCCCCGCCGUGCUGGAGGCGGGACAUUCCUGCCAGCUGCACACCGCCCUAUUGGACAAGGACUCGGUGGAGCUCCGCCUCCUGGACUACCUGCAGCGGGACUGGGACGCCCAGUACAGUCUCCGUAGCAACCAGGAGGAGAUCAGCUUCCUGACGUUCCGCUCGCUGAGCGACAGCGAGGAGUCGGAGCUGGACGUGGGCGUGCACGUGCGCUACGAGGCGGGGCAGGCCCUGCUGGCGCUGCACGCCCCCUACUGGAUGGUCAAUAAAACGGGCCGCCUGCUGCAGUACAAGGCCGACGACGUGCACCACAAACACCCCAAGGACUACAACACCCCCCUCAUCUUCUCGUUCAAACCCAGGAACUUCUUUCAGAACAACAAGGUGCGCUUGAUGAUUUCAGACAGUGAGCUCUCGGACGAGUUCUCCAUUGACACAGUUGGUAGCUAUGGUGAUGUGAAAUGCAAAGGCCGGGCGAAAGAUUACCUGGUUGGAGUGAAGAUUGAUGCCACCAGCUUCAGUCUGACCCGCGUGGUGACGUUUGUGCCCUUCUACGUGCUGGAGAACCACACUAAACACCUGAUCAGUGUGUGUGAGGAGGGCCAGGAGCAGUGGACCGAGGCACCGCCACUGCAGUCUGCUGUACCCUUCUGGCCUGAGAGAGACUCUAAGAAGCUUAGGGUCAACGUUCAAGGCUGCCAAACAUCUCAGUGCAUCGACUUCCACAAGCCAGAGAACUGCCUCCUACUUCACCUUGACAACAAUUUGGGAGGCAUCACCGUGGAUGUGAAUCUGACUGAACACUUGGCCGUUGUGCGUUUCUCUGACUACCACGAUGGCUCCGCCCCCUUCCUGCUCAUCAACCACACCAGAGAUCACACAAUCCAGUACCACCAGAGCUCUCAGAAGGAGGUUUACGAGUUGCAAGCGGGGCAGGCCGUGUACUACACCUGGGCCGACCCAACCGGGUCACGCGUGUUGAACUGGAGCUGGGGUCACCACUCGGGAGAGCUGAAGAACGAGGAGGACCUGCUGCAGGACGUGGGAGAGCAGGGCUCUCUCUUCUUGCUGUCGUUUUAUGAGGGCCUCCAGCGGGUGGCGCUGUUCACCCAGGACAAGCGGCUCUUCCAGUGCAUCUGCAACAGCGAGAAGGCCGAGCUGGCCGACCAGGAGUACUUCCUCGCCCUGCAGGACCUGGGCGUGUCCCUCGUCAACAACACCACCAGCCAGGAGGUGGCCUUCAUCGGCAUCUGCAGCUCUGACGUGGUGUGGGAGUGUAAGCUCCAGAAGAAGAACCGGUGGAAGACCCUGAGUAUGAAGGACGCAGACCUUCUGGAGCAGAGCUAUAAAGAAUACAUGGAGACCAACCCAGUGGACCACUCCAUCCUCACACUGCCAAACAACUUCCAGGUGUCUCUGACUCCUACUGGAACCGACAUGCGGAUGAUGAAGCCCCAUGAUGCUUUGCUGCGGAGGAACUUUCUGCCGGCUCUAAAAGUGGAGUACAAAGUGUCGGCACGGCAACAGGCCUAUCGUGUUCAGAUCAACCACAUCCAGAUCCAGAACCAGCUGCCGGGUGCCAUCUUCCCUGUUGUCUACUACCCUGUGAAGCCACCCAAGUCUGUUAGCAUGGACUCAGAGCCCAAACCCUUGACUGAUGUCAGCAUCAUCACCCGAACUGCAGGACACUCUGACAUCUUGCGCAUCAAGUACUUCAAGGUUCUGAUCCAGGAGAUGGAUCUGAGGCUGGACCUGGGCUUUCUCUACGCCCUGCUCGACCUCUUCACACAAGAACACACAGAAGCCGUCACGACUGAGCAGGAGGUGGAGCUCUUUAAGAAAGACAUCGAGUACAUAAAGACCCAGCUGCAAAACGUCUCCAGCACAGACACCUCCCCCAUCAGCCUCUACGAGUACUUCCAUAUAUCCCCCAUUAAGCUUCACCUGAGUUUCUCUCUGAGUACUGGUGGAGAGGAUAGCCAAAAGGAGAAGAGGCAGACAGAGCUGAUCCCAGUCCAGAGUCUCAACCUGCUGCUCAAGAGCAUCGGAGCGACGCUCACAGAUGUACAGGAUGUGGUGUUCAAGCUGGCCUUCUUUGAGAUGAGGUACAAAUUCAACACAAGAGGGCAGCUCCAGUGGGAAGUCAUCAGACACUACUCUAAACAGGCUAUUAAGCAGAUGUAUGUGCUGGUGCUGGGGCUGGAUGUCCUGGGGAAUCCGUUUGGUCUGAUCCGUGGCCUGUCUGAGGGAGUGGAGGCUUUCUUUUACGAACCGUAUCAGGGUGCUAUCCAGGGUCCUGAAGAGUUUGUGGAGGGCAUGGCGCUAGGAGUCAAAGCCCUGGCUGGUGCAGCAGUAGGUGGUCUGGCGGGCGCUGCGUCUCGUAUCACGGGGGCCAUGGCGAAGGGUGUGGCGGCCAUGACACUGGAUGAGGAGUACCAGCAGAAGAGACGCGAGGCCAUGAACCGCCAGCCCAGGGGCCUCAAAGAGGGGCUCGCCCGCGGAGGCAAGGGCCUAGUGUCUGGCUUUGUGAGCGGUAUCACUGGGAUAGUGACUAAACCCAUUAAAGGAGCACAGGAGGAGGGAGCCACCGGUUUCUUUAAGGGAGUUGGGAAAGGGCUGGUGGGAGCAGUGACUCGGCCUACGGGAGGCAUCAUAGACAUGGCCAGCAGCACCUUCCAGGGCAUCAAGAGGGCUGCAGAGGCAUCUCAGGAUGUUGAGAGUUUGCGUCCUCCGCGUUUCAUCCAUGACGACGGUGUGAUCCGCCCCUACAGGGAGAGGGAGGGGCUCGGUAGCCAGAUGCUACAGAAGAUUGAGAACGGGCGCUUUGCCAGGUACAGGUACUUUGCUCACGCCAAAGUCAACGACUCGGACUUCCUGAUGAUCACCAAAAGGGGCAUUUUCUUUGUCACAAAGGGAACAUUUGGUCAGUUGACGUGCGAGUGGCAAUAUCUGUUUGAUGAGUUCACCAAGGAACCAAUGAUUGUAGAGGACCGACGUCUGAGGAUUGAGGCCAAGGAGAGAGUCAAGUCUGUGUUUCAUGCCAAAGAAUUUGGCAAGAUCAUCAACUUCAGAUCUGCUGACAUGGCCAAGUGGGUACUCACCAAGCUGGAAGAUGCAAGAGAGAGUCUGCCAAAAUACUACUGAGUCCCAGUCUCUACUCCUUGUGUUGCCAAAAUACUACUGAGUCCCAGUCACUACUCCUUGUGUUGCAGUGCCUUUUGGUUCUGAUGUAGUUCAGCUCACUCACCACUCUGUGUCUGUAAUAUCACACGCAUCAGUUUGCACUAUAGGCUCACAAGCAUCCUGUUAGUCACAUAACCUCCCUCUCUAUCUCUCUCUCUCUAGCGCGCACACACACACACUCGCACACACACACACAGCUUAUUGCCAGCUAUGCCUUUAGAGCACAGCCUCAUCACUUCACCUAACUUCUGACAGAGCACUCUGUUAUCAGGGUGAAUGUUAGCAUCACAAGCCAAAAUGCAUCAUGGAAAACCCUUUUCAUAAAGACAGUUGGAAUAGUGAGUGAGUGAGUACAUGACUGACUGAAUGAAUGAGUGAGUGAGUGAGUGAGUGAGUUACUUCUGGGUGUAACUUUUAUUGUUUAAUUUGAAGAUGGAAAAAGGUGUUUUAUUAAAAUAAUUGUUGUUUCAAACAGGAAUAUUUUUCUACCUUUUGCUUUAGCAUGUUAGGAGCAUGUAUGUGUGUAUUGGUGUGGAAUUCAUUGCUUUCAUCUGUAUUUUAUGUGGCUCAUAAACUGUUUACUGUAUUGCCACUGCAGGGGCAGGGAGAGUGCCGUUAAAUAUGCAAUAAUGCGUCUGUCUGUCUGUCUGUCUGUCUGUCUGUCUGUCUGUCUGUCUGUCUGUCUGUCUGUCUGUGGAGAUUUUAACUUUUCUUUUGACUUGAAAGUGACUGUCCAUAUCUAAAUAUAUGCUAUGUCCAAUCUUAUAAGAUUUUUUUCAUCCGUUUUAAAUAAAAAUAUCUAUUAGA